AUGAUCGAAAGAUGGCAUCGAUCAUUAAAGGCAGCAAUAAUAUGUCAUCAAAACAAAAAUUGGGUUGAAAUACUUCCAACCGUGUUGCUGGGCCUCCGAACUAGCUUUAAGGAGGACAUCAAUGCAUCUGCGGCGGAGAUGUUAUAUGGUACUGCCAUCAGACUACCUGGAGAAUUUUUCGUCACCGUGGAGGAAUCAACUGAUCCACAGAUAUUUUUAGGAAAGUUCAGGCAACACAUACGUCAGGUAAAACCUAGUUCAGUUGCGCACCAUAAUAAGCCGAAAAUAUUUGUUCAAAAAGCUUUAGACACGUGUACGCAUGUUUUUGUUCGGGUUGACGCAGUUAAGAAACCCCUUGAGGCGCCGUAUGAAGGUCCGUUUGAAAUAAUCGAGCGGGUCACUGAACACAUUUAUAAAAUCAAUUAUAAGGGCAGAGAAGUCAAUAUUUCAGUUGAGAGAUUGAAACCAGCUUUCUGUGAAGUCUCGAGAGAGGAUUCGGUGAUAGAAAUACCGAAAACGUAUUCGAAAAAAACAGUGAGAUUAUUUUAUUUAUUAUUUAUUUAA